CACUAUUGUCAUGGAACCCAGUUACAGAGCUUUGGUAAUUCAGCUCUGCAACUGGGAGUCAUAACAUAAACAAGCACCUGGCAGAAGAAGAUAGAAUACGCCUGGGAACUGGGAACCGAAAGUGUAAACAGUUAUAAUUGGUUUAGUGUGUGAAAAUGGUAGUAAUGUGAUAUUGGAGGUGGGGCUUGAUGAUGAUAUUUACGUGUGGUAUUACGUAGCAUCAAAAGUUAUAAAAAUAGUUGUAUGUAAAUAUUAAGUCAUUCUUGACUUUUCCAAAGUCAUGUAUUCUUCAAUAAAGAUUGUGUUUGAGAGCAGCUAUCUUUGAUCUGCGUUCAGACUGAUCCUUUGGAGUGAGCAGGACAAUUAAGUCAAGAAUCCAGUUCUCACCCUCCUGCGAUUUUGCAGUGAAGUGAAAAUGAGCAGGGAAGGAGAUCAAAGCCAUGACGGAGCAAAGGGGCCUCCGCUGGAAGCUCGGCCGUUGGCAGGAGAGACAUUGCAAGCCAUAGCUUCCUCUACGGGGUACCCCAAGCCGGACGGCGUGACUCAGAGGAUUCCCAGAGGGGGAAGAGGCGCUCCGGCGGCGGCAGAAACCAGUUGGGGAUCUGGAGGAAGCAUGCCGGAGACCGUGGCCCUGCGGCUAUCCAUCCUGGAAACUCAUUUAUCCAGGCUGUCGGAUACCGUGGGGAGAAUAGUGCCAAUAUUGGAAGAGAAUCUCCAAAAAGAGCACAUCCGAUAUGGCACCGAGAGAGAGCCAAGCAAAGGAGAUGAUUGGAGCCAGAGGGGACAGCGAGCUUCAACGCAGAGUCCCGCGGUGGCAAGGGACGAGGAAUAUUGGCAAGAGCUUGAGUUCCGGGACAGAAUGGCGCGCGAAGUGGAGCGCCAGCAAACUCUGGGAAGUCUGAGGCCGCCAACCCCAACAGAACUCCCAACCCUCCGAAUGGGAAUCGGAGUAGAAAAGCCACUGGGGCCAGGGAUCGGGUCCAGUGGAUUAGCAGAUAAAUGCGGAGAGCAGCAGGAGAUCCAGGAAGAGGAGGAGGAUGUGCCGUACGACGAGGAAAGGCGAGAUGCGGGGGCGACAAUGAGGCCAAUAUGCGGAUGGGGCGAAGGGCCGACAGCGGCGGCAGGAUUUCGGGAGCCGCGCAGAAUGACCACCGGAGUGGGGCGCGGCGUGUGCCAAGGGGCCAUCCAAGGAAACCCGAUGCAACCCUUCCCCAUGCCUCCCAGACAGCACCAACGGGCCGCUGAAUGGAUGCCAAGAAGGGAAGAUCUCAAGCUAGAAUACGGAGGGGAAUCGGAUGAACUGAACUUUUUUCUAAUUAGCAUCAGAGGGUACAUGGAAGACAACGCACACACAUUUCCCUCCGAAGCAAGCAGGGUUCGAGCCAUCGGCAACACACUAAAGCGAGGAGCGGCCAGCUGGUAUGUGCAAUUACAUGCCAGACGCGACCCAUGCCUGAGGUCGGUGCCCCGCUUCCUCGCCGCACUGGAAAACCGGUUCAGAGACCGGCUAGAGCAAUUGAGGGCUCGAGACCAGCUGAAAGGAAUAAAACAGAGGGACAAAACGGUGCCCGAGUACGCAGAGGAAUUCCUCCACCUCGCGGAAAGGGUACCGGAGUGGUCUGAAGUGACCAAAGUGGAAUUAUUUAAAGAGGGACUACGCCCCGAGAUUUUCAGCUGGGCAGCGCACAGAGACGACCCCGAAACGAUCCAGGGAUGGAUUCAACUAGCGGGGCGCGUUGAAUCCACCCUGGCCCAAGUAAAGCGCUUCAGGAGCAGCGGCGGCCAGCAAAGACCGGUGGCGAGAGGUCGAGGAGAGACGAGGAAGCAGGAAAGGCCCGGAGGGAGGCCGGGGAUUCCCUCCAGAGGAGAUGACAACAAACCUAAACCGGGAUGCUUUGUGUGUGGGAAGACGGGCCAUCGAGCGGCAGAAUGCUGGGCCCGGAAGGGGGAGCCGCCAAAACCCUCAAAGCCCAAACCUGCAACCGGGAGGCGUGCGGAGGAGGAGGUGCAAGCCCCAGAACCCUCAGAAAAAUUGAUUUGUGACGAAGAAAGAACCGAAGAGGAGGGCGAAGAAAAGGAGGGCACCAUGUCAUGGAACCCAGUUACAGAGCUUUGGUAAUUCAGCUCUGCAACUGGGAGUCAUAACAUAAACAAGCACCUGGCAGAAGAAGAUAGAAUACGCCUGGGAACUGGGAACCGAAAGUGUAAACAGUUAUAAUUGGUUUAGUGUGUGAAAAUGGUAGUAAUGUGAUAUUGGAGGUGGGGCUUGAUGAUGAUAUUUACGUGUGGUAUUACGUAGCAUCAAAAGUUAUAAAAAUAGUUGUAUGUAAAUAUUAAGUCAUUCUUGACUUUUCCAAAGUCAUGUAUUCUUCAAUAAAGAUUGUGUUUGAGAGCAGCUA